AUGACUAACGCCACCUGCAACAUCACCCACUACAGGUACCCUCUCUUCACGGCCACCUACAGUGGCGUGCUGGCCCUGGGUCUUCCCCUCAACACCUUCUCUCUGUGGCUCCUGUUAUGCCGCUUGGGGGUCCGCUCGGUGCCCUUGAUCUACAUGGCCAACCUGGCCCUCUCAGACCUCCUCUUCACCCUCUCCAUGCCGCUCCGGAUCCUGUAUUACGCCAGGCGCCACUGGCCCUAUGGACACCUGGCCUGCAUGGUCUCUGGGACUCUGUUUAACGUCAACCUCUACUCCAGCUCCUUCUUUAUCAUGUUUAUUAGCGUGGACCGGUUCUUGGCUGUGGUCUAUCCUCUGCGCUCACGCCCACUGAGGAGGAUCGGUGUGGCCUGGAAGGCAUGUGCGGCCGUAUGGGUGGUGAUUGGUGCCAUGGCGGUGCCAGUGGCACUGACUCACCAUGCCAGACAGAACCAGUGCGUAGGGUGGCUUUGCUUCGAGGGCUACACUCAGGACGAGUGGCGCUUUGGGUUCAAUAUCAUCUGUGUGGCUGCUGUCGUGGGAAAUGCCAUUCCGUUCGCUGUAAUCGUGGGCUGUACGGUGGUCGUGGUGCAUAAGCUGAGAGUGCAGAAGGCCUCCUCUUCCUCAUCCUCUUCCUCUGUGGAUAAGAGCCGGAUGGUGUGGCUGCUUGUGAUCAACCUUGUGAUCUACACAGUGUGUUUCAUCCCCUUUCAUGUUGCAGUAGUUCUAUUUGGGCUCCACAAGCUACGAUUCCUGCAAUCCCAGUUCCCCUUCUUUGACUUCCAUAUUGGAACUAUCUGCUUGGCUAGUGCCAACAGCUUCCUGGAUCCUCUCAUCUACUACUUCAGCUCCAAGAUUCUGAAGAUGGGGAGAGGGCAUACAGGAACUGAAGUUAAAUUCCAUGGUUCUGCCUAG